AUGUUUAUGCAACGAUCCAACUCUGACACAUUUCUGAACGAAUCCAUCAAUGGACUACAAACUGAUUUCGGCUCAUAUGAAUCAAACAUUGACCCUUUCCUCGCUGGACUUACAGCCGAUAUGUAUAUAGACCCCGUAAACGCCAACCAAGCUGGCUCGUCUGAUCCAAUGAACCUAGUUCACACGCCUACCUCAGAAAUUGACAUGCCGCUUCAAGACGAUGAUUAUAACCCUUACUCUGCAGAAGAUCUUUGGGCCAAUAUCAUGUCCUUUGAUCAAUCUGUCAACGAGGAUGUACAGCCCAUGAUGAUUCCUAAUGUCAUGAAUCCUUCUAACAACACUCAAAACCAAAUGGAAUUUUCUCAAUCAUGUCCGCAGCCCAUUCCACAACGACCGGCUGCAGGUAUGUUCAAUUAUCCAGUGCAGUCAUCACCACUUGCCAAUCAGCCGUUUGCAGCUCCUCCGAGUAGCCCAAGCAGACCGGUGGAUAGGAAAGGCAGAAUGACAGUAAGAGAGCAAGGUGGUAUUCGAGCCUUGUUUUCCGGUCCAAGAGCUCAACAAUUGACAGACAAACAACCGUUACGGAGAUCCGCGUCUGCGAACGGUAAGCUAGGAAUAAGAAAGAAAUCGCAACUUUCACCUAGAGUUGUGAAGGCCACUCUUCCUAGCCAGGAUCCAGCGGUAGUCACUUCCGAAAUGCAAGCCGCAUACAGACUGAAUCAAGAAUUGGCGACAAACCAUGACUCAUAUGAACUCUCUCAAUCAGUACCACUAUCAUCAUCACCAGUAGCCAUGCCUUUCAACGAUGGGUUUCAUGCCGGCUCCCCCACACCAAUUUACAAUAGUUUCUCCGGAUACGGAGAGCACAUACGAUCGGAAAGACGUCGAUCUACCUCACUUCCACCUGCCUUACCUCCAUCGUCUAUGCCGGCGCUAGGUGUACCAGAAAUGGGAAUUAUGCACGGUGGUAAUGCAAUUUCAGCACCUAAUACGCCUCAGGCUGCCAACCAUUCCUUGCCUAUACAAAUUCCAAGAACGGCCAAAGCUCACCCUCAAACUGUGGCCAUGUCCGAAGAGGAACAACAGAAAAAGCUAGAUGAACAAUUGCUUAAAAUCGAUUUUGACGACAUCACUGUAGCAGAGCUCAAAGAGAUGUUACGAGAAAGAAAGAAGGCGACGAAUGGUAAAAAGGCAGAUUUAGUGCAGAGGCUUUCAGACGAACGGCGAAUGGUCGAGAUGAGAAGAAGCCAAGGAAACAGAAUUCCUCCUGCUAUGCCACCUGCUAAUGCCCACAUGUCGUUUUCUGUGCCAGACAACUGGUAUAUGACCGCCUAG